UAUUAAUAACUAAAAUGGCGGCCGAAGUUUAGAGGACAUGAUAUCUUCUAGCUUCGUGGUAGAUCUGUGCUCUCGCAUUAUUACUUUAGAGAAAAUACGGAAGAAUUAUGGAUACUAAUGAUGCCUUAAACUCAAGGGAAAACUCUUCUGAAGACGAAACAGGUUCAGACGAAGACAAGGACGAUAUUGUAAGUUGUAUAUGGUGUAUAUCAAAUAAAUGUCCCUGUUGCUGACCGAUCGUAUAAGUGUGUAAACUCACGUAAAAUCCAUGAGUUUAAUCGUACUAUAUUUUUGUCUUGAUUUCAGGCGCAUCUUAAAGAAGGUCAGUAACCUAACCUUAUCAGAUCCAACUUAUAAAAAUAUCUUGAAAACUUAAACUUGGAAACGAUCAACUCUAAUUGUUCGAUCAACUUUGAUAAUAAAUAAUCAUACAACAGUCUCUAUAGCAUUCUUGGUGUCAGUCUGUUUUAAAGCGGAAUUGAUGUCAACGAUUAAGAUUCUAUUAUUUACAUCAGAAAAGUAAAAAAUGCCCUGAAAAUACAAUAAGCUUCCCGGAGCGUUUUCAACUUCUUGGUUUGCAACCACGUGACGAGGCGGCCAUGUUGGAUUUCAAAACUACAAUUUUUUUCACACAAUUUGCAUGAAAAAGGGAGUUUUCAGCUGCAAAUGAUCAUUGUGCUAAUUAUCCUCUUUGUGAUAUUGGUGUAUCCUUGAGGCCCUCUUCAGCGGGGUGGGGGGGGGGGGGGGGGGCUAGGUCAGUCCAAAUGGUUGUUUUGCUUAUUGAGGGGGAGACCAUGUUGCUGUUGGAAUUUAUUUAUCAUAAUUGAGAUUGUCCUUGUCGCUGCCACAGUUUCAAUGCAUCGUUAGUUGUUUGUUGCCAUUUCAUCUGUCUAAUCAGCAGUAACUGCCUGUUUUCACAUGUAUUUUUGUUCUGCUUUUCAUAGAAUUAUCAGAGAUUCCUUUCUGUGACCUUGAGGCCCUAAAACACAAAGUUGGCUCUAAAAGGUAAAAUGCUAUUUUGCUUUAAUUAAACCUCAUUUAUGUAAAAAGUUCAAAGAUGGCAGAGAUAUACAGCAAAAAUAAAGGGUUGUGUGGUAUAGAUCUCUGUAGUUAUGCCUGUUGUCCUGUUGUUCUCACAUUCCUCCUGCAAUGGUUUCCUCUAAUGCAUUCAUUUUUACUGUACAUGUACAUGUAGAUAGAUAUUUUUGCUUGCCCACAGGCAAAAUAUCCAAGGCAAAUUGUGGAUUAAGAGUCUGGUAGCAUAAUCAGAAGUCACUUGGGAGUUGAGCUAGUUAGCUUGGACAUGUGUAAAGUCGAUCGUACUUAAUGAUGAAUUAAAGAAUAGUUCUUUUCUUCUCACAAGCCUCCUACAAUGUAACUUCUUCUUCACAUGAACAAUGGUCAGUGGUGGUGUUGAAGAUCAGUUACACGUGUUAUCUGGGCUAGAACUCCCAGCUUCUGUGCUUAUGAAUUAAAAACAGCAUCUGUAUGUAUAGUCCGUGGCUAGAGAGACUAAAGCCAAUUUUUCAAGCCCUAUUUCUUAUAUUAUUUAGAAGAAUAUAAACGCAUUGUAUUGAACUGACAUCAUAAUCUUAAGAUUGACUUGUGUGACAAUAACAGUCAUGUUUGUUUUUGACCAAACAAUGCUAUUUUUCUAACUGAAGAUAUAAUAAAGCAAUUCAUGGCCUCUUUGAAAAGGAAGGUAGCAGUUCAAAACUUCAAAAGAGAGAAAACAGGAAUAGGUAAGAGCUGCAUGAUUAUAUACCACUUAUUAACCAAAUGGACAAGGUUUGACAAAUUAUUUAUUAUAUGGCCUUUUUAGCACUAUUCUUAAAAUGAAUACGAUAAAAAAAACUAGAAGUUUUUCUCAACAUCCAUUCGCAAGAGGUCAUUUGAGGUCGUGUUCAUCUGGUUAUGUGAUCAAAAGCACAAGACAGUUUCUUUGACAAUGGGAAAAUCUUGAACUGAGUCUGCAAUCAUUUAAAGCCAAUAACUUUAAAAAAUUAGUCACUUCAAUGAGUUAUACACUUGAGCCCGUAAUAAAAACAUAUGACACUGGUCACUGGAUACCCUUUUUGAGAGCUGUCAAUUGAUCAUGACGUGGAUGUCCAUUACUAUCAAGCUAGGUUGUGCAUGUAUAUGCCUUGGACACCUCGCUAGAUAGUAAUGCUGGGUCAUUACAAGAAAAUAAUGUCCGCUUAGCAGCCAAUCAGAGUGCGCGUACUAUUGUAGCUGUAUAAUAAAGAUUUGUAGUAUGUGAUGAUGGGUUGACAGUUAUAGAUACAGAGACCUCCACAUGUAUUCAUUCACACAAUGACCAUAAUUUCAAUCAGCAGAUUUGACUGGUCCCUAGAAAUGUUAAAUCACAUUUGCAAUAUUAUUCACAGUGAGGACUCCAGGCAAUGACUAUUGACAAAAGUAUAAGAAUAGUUAAUUAAUCAAAGUACUUAUUCCUGUUAUGUACAAAAACAAGGUUAGUAAUAAUAUCUUAAAGAUAAUAUCACACAGGUAGUUAGUUUUAGUAAAACUUUUGUAAACAUUGUUUAUGUCCUGCUUUCUAGGCCCAGAGAAAUGUCAUCAAAGAAGCAAGUACCUCGCUUAAGACAAGUGAUCCCAGUUAAAAAACGAGUGAGUUGAAAUUCUUUUGUACCGUUCUUUUAAAUUAAUUGUAAAGGUAAUGGUGUUAAAGAAAUCAACAACUUUCACACUGUUGAAAAGACAGACACUAUUUAACCAGAGCUGGUUGCACAUGGAAUAACUCUAAAAAGAUUUACUGUUUGAUACAUGAGCUUUUAUUUGUAGAUGAACAGGGAUCCUAGAUUUGAUGAGCUGUCAGGGCAUUUUAACCAGGAAAAGUUUGAUAAGGCAUAUUCAUUUCUAACUGACAUAAAAGCAAAUGAAAAGAAGGUGAGUCUAUUGGAACCUGUUUCUCAUUAACAGGGCAUUGCUAAACUAAAUUGAUUAUCCUGAAUGUGAUUGUCAAGUUGAGUGCAGUCCUUGGUUAAUAUACAUUGUAAGGUGAAUUGGCUCUCAUCGCAACAUCAACCAUUAAGAAAAAUUAACUUCUACCCCAAAUAAUUAGCAAUGUUUUUGUUAAUAGAUUUUUGUGUGAAGUGUAAAUAAGGAAUGAAUCUUCAUGAAACACACUGUGCAUACCAAGUUACAGCUUACUGUUGUUAUGUAUUUUAAAACAUUUCACUGUGGGCAAAAGAAUGCUACUCCUCUCAAUCACCCGAUGUUGAUGACGUUUCAUAAAGUGUCAUUAUUUUCUUAGUGAUUGUGUGGCGUGGACUCCAAUGCAUUGAUUGAUCUCCUCUCAGAAAUCCAUGUAUUUUUUACAUGAUGAAUGAUCUAUUUCAAUAUUUCUACCAGCAACUGCAAAAGGAGUUACAGAAAACCAAACAACCAGAGAGAAAACAGCAGCUAGAAUCUCUGCUAAAGAGGAUGGUAAGUUCUGAGUGUUCCAAGUAAUUAUACAUGUAUUAAUGUUCUGUGUAAAGGAAGGCUCAGUAAUUCCAGUCCACAGAUUUAGGAAGUCAGAUGUCAUGUCCUGUAUUUGGUGUUAAUAUUUAAGCUGAAGGGUGGUAGAUCACUACAGUAAAACACGUGACUAAGAAACUACAUUUUCCAGAGUUAGCCUAAACCAUGCCGGUUCAGUUACAUACAUGUAAAAAUUAAUGGUAAUAAGCACAAUCUUAGGCUAUGUAGGUUCUUUAAAAAUAGGUUCUUAUUUUCUAAAAAAAAAGUACAUUAAAGUCAAGAGUAUUUUGUGCAUAUUCAACUACUUCCUGGUACAAAAUCUGCAUACAUUAGAUCAGGGUUGUCAAAAUGAGCCGGCAACCGGCGCUAUCACCAGAAGCAAAAAAAAAUGGACGAUUAAAAAACUUGUAAAAUAGGAAAAGAAAAAGAACUUCUUUUAAUCAUGAUCUGCACAUUCUUUUUUGUGAGGCACCUCCUCUACCAGGCAAACACAUAUCCCUAGUGAUAAGUGUUCCCCCACCCUGGAAACACAUAUCCCUAGUGAUAUGUCUUCCCCCAGCUGGGAAAAAAAUAUCCCUAGUGAUAUGGGUUCUUCCUGCUGAGAAACAAAUAUCCCUAGUGAUAUCUGUUCCCCCACCUGGAAAACACGUAUCCCUAUUGAUAUGUGUUCCCCCACCUGGGAAACACAUAUCCCUAGUGAUAUGUGUUCCCCCACGUGGGAAACAAAUAUCCCUAGUGAAAUGUGUUCCCCCACCUAAGAAACACAUAUCCCUAGUGAUAUGUGUUCCCCCACCUGGGAAACACAUAUCCCUAGUGAUAUGUGUUCCCCCACCUGGGAAACACAUAUCCCUAGUGAUAUGUGUUCCCCACCUGGGAAACACAUAUCCCUAGUGAUAUCUGUUCCCCCACCUGGGAAACACAUAUCCCUAGUGAUAUGUGUUCCCCACCUGGGAAAAACAUAUCCCUAGUGAUAUAGGAAACACAUAUCCCUAGUGAUAUGUGUUCCCCCACCUGGGAAACACAUAUCCCUAGUGAUAUGUGUUCCCCCACCUGGGAAACACAUAUCCCUAGUGAUAUGUGUUCCCCCACCUUGAAAACACAUAUCCCUAGUGAUAUGUGUUCCCCCACCUGGGAAACACAUAUCCCUAGUGAUAUGUGUUCCCCACCUGGGAAACACAUAUCCCUAGUGAUAUGUGUUCCCCCACCUGGGAAACACAUAUCCCUAGUGAUAUGUGUUCCCCACCUGGAAAACACAUAUCUCUAGUGAUAUGUGUUCCCCACCUGGGAAACACAUAUCCCUAGUGAUAUGUGUUUCCCCACCUGGGAAACACAUAUCCUUAGUGAUAUGUGUUCCCCACCUGGGAAACACAUAUCCCUAGUGAUAUGUGAAACACAUACAUAUCCUAGUGAUAUGUGUUCCCCCACCUGGGAAAACACAUAUCCCUAGUGAUAUGUGUUCCCCCACUGGGGAAACACAUAUCCCUAGUGAUAUGUGUUCCCCACCUGGAAACACAUAUCCCUAGUGAUAUGUGUUCCCCCACCUGGGAAACACAUAUCCCUAGUGAUAUGUGUUCCCCCCUGGGAAAACAUAUCCCUAGUGAUAUGUGUUCCCCACCUGGGAAACACAUAUCCCUAGUGAUAUGUGUUCCCCACCUGGGAAAACACAUAUCCCCUAGUGAUAUGUGUGAUAUGUGUUCCCCACCUGGAAAAACACAUAUCCCUAGUGAUAUGUGUUUCCCCCACCUGGGAAACACAUAUCCCUAGUGAUAUGUUUCCCCACCUGGGAAACACAUAUCCCUAGUGAUAUGUGUUCCCCCCACCUGGGAAAAACACAUAUCCCUAGUGAUAUGUGUUUCCCCACCUGGGAAAACACAUAUCCCUAGUGAUAUGUGUUCCCCCACCUGGGAAACACAUAUCCCUAGUGAUAUGUGUUCCCCACCUGGGGAAACACAUAUCCCUAGUGAUAUGUGUUCCCCCAUAUCCCUAGUGGACCUGGGAAACAGAUAUCCCUAGUGAUAUGUGUUCCCCUACCUGGGAAACACAUAUCCCUAGUGAUAUGUGUUCCCCCACCUGGGAAACACAUAUCCCUAGUGAUAUGUGUUCCCCCACCUGGGAAACACAUAUCCCUAGUGAUAUGUGUUCCCCUACCUGGGAAACACAUAUCCCUAGUGAUAUGUGUUCCCCUACCUGGAAAACACAUAUUCCUAGUGAUAUGUGUUCCCCCACCUUGGAAACACAUAUCCCUAGUGAUAUGUGUUCCCCCACCUGGAAAAAAACAUAUCCCUAGUGAUCUGUGUUUCCCCACCUGGGAAACACAGAUCCCUAGUGAUAUGUGAUGCUUCAUCUGGGAAACACAUAUCCCUAGUGAUAUGUGUUCCCCCCUGGGAAACACAUAUCCUUAGUGAUAUGUGUUCCCCACCUGAAAAAAAACAUAUCCAUAUCCCUAGUGAUAUGUGAUAUGUGUUCCCCCACCUGGGAAACACAUAUCCCUAGUGAUAUGUGUUCCCCCACCUGGAAAACACAUAUCCCUAGUGAUAUGUGUUCCCCCACCUGGGAAACACAUAUCCCUAGUGAUAUGUGUUCCCCACCUGGGAAACACAUAUCCCUAGUGAUAUGUGUUCCCCCACCUGGGAAACACAUAUCCCUAGUGAUAUGUGUUCCCCCACCUGGGAAACACAUAUCCCUAGUGAUAUGUGUUCCCCUACCUGGGAAACACAUAUCUCUAGUGAUAUGUGAAACACAUAUCCCUAGUGAAAUGUGUUCCCGUACCAGGGAAACACAUAUCCCUAGUGAUAUGUGUUCCCCUACCUGGGAAACACAUAUCCCUAGUGAUAUGUGUUCCCCCACCUGGGAAACACAUAUCCCUAGUGAUAUGUGUUCCCCCACCUGGGAAACACAUAUCCCUAGUGAUAUGUGUUCCCCCACCUGGGAAACACAUAUCCCUAGUGAUAUGUGUUCCCCACCUGGGAAACACAUAUCCCUAGUGAUAUGUGUUCCCCACCUGGGAAACACAUAUCCCUAGUGAUAUGUGUUCCCCCACCUGGGAAACACAUAUCCCUAGUGUUAUGUGUUCCCCCACCUUGGAAACACAUAUCCCUAGUGUUAUGUGUUCCCCCACCUGAAAAACACAUAUCUCUAGUGAUAUGUGUUCCCCCACCUGGGAAACACAUAUCCCUGGUGAUAUGUGUUCCCCCACCUUGGAAACACAUAUCCCUAGUGAUAUGUGUUCCCCCACCUGGGAAACACAUAUCCCUAGUGAUAUGUGUUCCCCCACCUUGGAAACACAUAUCCCUAGUGAUAUGUGUUCCCCCACCUGAAAAACACAUAUCCCUAGUGAUAUCUGUUCCCCCACCUUGGAAACACAUAUCCCUAGUGAUAUGUGUUCCCCCAGCUGGGAAACACAUAUCCCUAGUGAUAUGUGUUCCCCUACCUGGGAAACACAUACCCCUAGUGAUAUGUGUUCUUCCUGCUGGGAAACACAUAUCCCUAGUGAUAUGUGUUCCCCCACCUGGAAAACACAUAUCCCUAGUGAUAUGUGUUCCCCCACCUGGGAAACACAUAUCCCUAGUGAUAUGUGUUCCCCCACCUGGGAAACACAUAUCCCUAGUGAUAUGUGUUCCCCCACCUGGGAAACACAUAUCCCUAGUGAUAUGUGUUCCCCACCUGGGAAACACAUAUCCCAAGUGAUAUGUGUUACCCCAGCUGGGAAACACAUAUCCCUAGUGAUAUGUGUUCCCCCACCUGGGAAACACAUAUCCCUAGUGAUAUGUGUUCCCCCACCUGGGAAACACAUAUCCCUAGUGAUAUGUGUUCCCCCACCUGGGAAACACAUAUCCCUAGUGAUAUGUGUUCCCCCACCUGGAAAACACAUAUCCCUAGUGAUAUGUGUUCCCCCACCUGGGAAACACAUAUCCCUAGUGAUAUGUGUUCCCCCACAUGGGAAACAAAUAUCCCUUAUGAAAUGUGUUCCCCCACCUAAGAAACCCUUAUCUCUAGUGUUAUGUGUUCCCCCACCUAUAAAACACAUAUCUCUAGUGAUAUGUGUUCCCCCACCUGGGAAACACAUAUCCCUAGUGAUAAGUGUUCCCCCACCUGGGAAACACAUAUCCCUAGUGAAAUGUGUUCCCCCACCUAAAAAACACAUAUCCCUAGUGAGAAGUGUUCCCCCACCCUGGAAACACAUAUCCCUAGUGAUAUGUGUUCCCCCACCUGGGAAACACAUAUCCCUAGUGACAUGUGUUCCCCCACCUGGGAAACACAUAUCCCUAGUGAUAUGUGUUCCCCCACCUAAGAAACACAAAUCCCUAGUGAUCUGUCUUCCCCCACCUUUGAAACACAUACCCCUAGUGAUAUGUGUUUCCGCACCUGGGAAACAGAUAUCGCUAGUGAAAAGUGUUCCCCCACUUGGGUAACACAUAUCCCUAGUGAUAUGUGUUCCCCCACCUGGGAAACACAUAUCCCUAGUGAUAUGUGUUCCCCCACCUGGGAAACACAUAUCCCUAGUGAUAUGUGUUCCCCCACCUGGAAAACAUAUAUCUCUAGUGAUAUGUGGAAACACUUGAAAAAACAUAUCCCUAGUGAUAUGUGUUCCCCACCUGGGAAACACAUAUCCCUAGUGAUAUGUGUUCCCCACCUGGGAAAAACACAUAUCCCUAGUGAUAUGUGUUCCCCACCUGGGAAAACACAUAUCCCUGGGAAAGUGAUCCCUAGUGUUCCCCCACCUGGGAAACACAUACCCCUAGUGAUAUGUGUUCCCCCACCUGGAAAACACAUAUCUCUAGUAAUAUGUGUUUCCCCACAUGGAAAACACAUAUCUCUAGUGAUAUGUGUUCCCCCAGCUGGGAAACACAUAUCCCUGGUGGUAUGUGUUCUCCCACCUUGGAAACACAUAUCCCUAGUGAUAUGUGUUCCCCCACCUGGGAAACACAUAUCCCUAGUGAUAUGCAUUCCCCCACCUGGGAAACACAUAUCCCGAGUGAUUUGUUUUCCCCCACCUGGGAAACACAGAUCCCUAAUGAAGUGUGUUCCCCCACCUUGGAAACACAUAUCCCUAGUGAUAUGUGUUCCCCCACCUGGGAAACACAUAUCCCUAGUGAUAUGUGUUCCCCCACCUGGAAAACACAUAUUCCUAGUAAUAUGUGUUCCCCCACCUGGGAAACACAUAUCCCUAGUGAUAUGUGUUACCCCACUUAAGAAACACAUAUCCCUAGUUAUAAUUAUGUGUUCCCCCACCUGGGAAAGACAUAUUCCUAGUGAUAUAUGUUCCCCUACCUGUUAAACACAUAUCAUCAGUGAUGUGUGUCCCCCCACCUUGGAAACACAUAUCUCUAGUGAAAUGUGUUCCCCACCUGGGAAACACAUAUCCUUAGUGAUAACACAUGUUUCUUGUUAUUUGUGUUCCCGUACCUGCACUACACACAUCCGUAGUGAUAUGUUUUUCCCCACCCGGGAAACACAUAUCCUUAGUGACUUGACUUGUCCUACCUAUAGAAAUUAAAAAGAGUGGGUGACACUAUGCAACCUCUUCUUUGCAAGUAAAGGAUUGGCUCAAUUUGUCAUCAAUUUUAACUGCAGAUUAUCAUUAGAGUUCAUGGAUAUUAAAAUGUCCAAGAAACGUCCUUGGAUACCUUGUUUUCUCAGUUUGUUGACUAGUUUCUGUCGUGGUAUACAGUCGAAGGCUUUUCUAAAGUCGACGAAGCAUGAAUAGAGUAAAUUUCGGUGCUUCUGUGGUUUAGAUUUCACUUACUUGUAAAUAAGCGUUUUUAAUAUGAAGAUGCUAUCAACUGUGCCAUGCAUUUUUCUGAAGCCACCUUGUUCAGUUUUUAAAAUUCCUUUUUGAACCAUAUAGUCGUACAGUCGAUUGUUGAGGAUUGAUGCAAAGAGCUUGCUUAGCACAGAGAGCAAAGUGUUACCUCAGUAAUUUUUGACUUUGGAUCCAUCAUCCCUCUUGUGAAUAGGUAGAAUGAGGCCAAAACUCCAAAGAGGCGCGUAUUUUCCAGUAUCAAAGAUUUGAUUAAAUAAAUUUACUAAAUGCCCUUUACUUCAUUUAAUGUAUUAUCUAUACCUGAAGAAUUGUUUUCCUUUAGUUUGUUAAUUGCAGCUUUAAACUCUUCAUCAGUUAUUGGAUAAUCAAUUGGGCAUUCCACUCUUUCGUUACUGUGGGUUUCCAUAUUCGUCUCCGGAUCUUGUAUAUUAUUGAGAGGGAUCGCAUUCUGUUGCUUAAAGUAUUUAUAAAACUGUUCCGUACUCACUGCUUCAGCUCCAUGUGUUUUUCUUUUUCCGAAGUUAAAGAUUUUUCCUAUUUGCCACCUGGUCUCUUUGGUGUUCUCAAUAUUGAUAUUAGACAUGCCUUUGCUGAUAGAUUCCCAUUUCUUCCGUCUAAAAGUUUGUUUGAACCUCUUCUUUUUGCCUUGCAGUAGUUGUCUCAGUUCUGAAUGAUUAUUGUUACGAGAAGUUUUUUCCCCAUGGAUUGCAAGUUUUCUUUUUCUGUUUCGCAUUUCUGAUCGAACCAUUUGUUUUGUGAUUUGCAUUUAAUUUGCUGCCUCUCACUUUCCAUCCGGCUUCUUUGCAUGCUUCCACCAAAGUUUCACUUAGUAAUUCAGACGCAGUAUCGAUGCUGGAUUUAACUGUUUAUAUCAAUGGCGAUAUGUCUUCCCCUACUGGCCCCGCCGGAAAACACAUGCCGGCUACUUUAUGUUAUUCUCCUGCUACCUAAAAUCUUUUUGACAACCCUGCAUUACAUGGCAGUUGGAGAGAUAAGACACCUAUGUCUCCAAAGGGGAUUAUGAAUGUUGACUUAUCUUAUUUACCUAACUGUACAGAAUUUUGUUUUAUCUAUUUUAGAAAAUAAGAACCUGUUUCAAAUUUUAGCCUUCACCGCAGGUUCUUGUAUGGAGGGGGCCUAACUGGCAAAUUUUAGCCUAACGGGGUUUUAAAAACCAGGUUCUUAGUCAUGGGUUUUUACUGUAUCAGAGAGAAACUGGUCAAUAGUGAUGAAAAAAAACUUUGUUUUUCUGGAAGAAACGUCACCAUUUUUGCAAUAGAUGCUUUUUCCCCAGCUAUAUUAUUUUGUUUUCACUUGUUGUUGUUUGGUCUCUGAACAUUGUAACUAUAUUUUCAGGAACAACAAGAGGCAGCCAAAAAGACUGCAGAGGCCAAAAGACAAACUGAGAAACAGAGGAAAAAGUCCGAGCUAGAAUUAGUGAAACAGGGGAAAAGACCGUUUUACUUGAAGAAGUGUGAGUUCAAUUUUGUGCCAAGUUUACCAGUCCAGUACCAGUGGUUCUUAUAGCACUGUGGAGGCAAUGUGUCGUCAAAACACUCAUUGUUUUUUUCAUAACCAGUGAACCAAUUGUGUCAUUAAGCAUCUAUAAAAUCUUUAAAACUUAAGCACUCAUUUCCAGUGUUUACAGUAAAUCCCCUUUCAUUAAUACUUAUAAUGAGAUUCAAAGGAGAUUGAUGUUAGAAAAGGUUUCAAAUAAUGUUUUUUUGGUAACAUUUUUUUAAAUGGUAGCAUACAACCUAACUAAUAGACUUCUUCAGGGAGUUUUACAAUCAAAUACUUUUUUUUCAACUAAAAAUAAUGAUGGUCGCAAACAUUGAAGGUUUGGCCGGAUUUACGAAAAGGGACAGGCGCAGCUGUGAAAUUUUGUAAAACUCCCGGAAGAAGUCUACGUUAGUUAGACGAAACGCGUAGGAGAAUAAACAAGUUUUACAGCAACAGUUCGCAGAGUGCUGCUCACUAGUUUAGUUUUAAAAAUUAAAAAAAAAAAAAUCAUGAAGGGUAUUCUUUUUCUUUUUCAACUUCGUUCUUGGUGGUCUUUGGUGAUUUUCUUGGUGAUUCUUUUUCAACUUCAUUCUUGCUGAUCAAGAAAACUGCAAGUACACUGUACAAUUAUAGUUGACAACUUUGCAGUCAUUAACUGUUCUUUUGUCUUUUCCAACAGCUGACAAAAGGAAGUUGGAACUUGCAGAGAAGUUUAAGAAGUUGAAGUCUUCAGGAAAGUUGGAUCAGUACCUUAAAAAGAAAGGAAAGAACGUUGCAAGCAAAGAGAGGAAGAAAAUGCCCCAAAGGAGGGUCGUGGAAACCUAAAAACACUUUGAGCGGUAUUUUAAGCUUUCAAACAAAAGUGUAAUUGAAUGAAACAUCAAUGGGUACGCUGCAUGCAAAAGCAUCAGCUGACGGUGUCCGAUGUUGGGUCUGAGGCAUCAAGUUUAUUCAACAUUGUCAGUCAGGACUCAAACCACUUUUUGAGCAGUGAACAGUUCCAUCUAGAUCUUCAAGUUGUUACAAUGUUUGCCAUGGUUGUCACACAGAAGAACCUAAAAUAAUAUGGGAAGAUGCCAUGAGUGAUCUAAACUCAUUACAACACAAUGGGUUAAAUGCCUACCGUUCAAAGUGGUGUACAUAUACUUGUACAAAUUGUAAGCCUUCAUAACCCUGUGUAACCCCUGUAUAACCCCUGUAUUUGUGAUUCUCAAAAUAAUGCAAUCUGAUUUUAUUGGUUUGGUUGGAAAAGAGCGUGAGUACUGUCUAGUUGGUUUUCCAUACUUGUCUCUUCCUGACUUCGAAAUUGUUGCCAUUUUGCCACUUUAGAAACAAAGGGGGACCUGGAGCCAAAAUGCGUCCUGCAAUUGUUUGUGGUAUCGUUACUGGGGACGCACCAGUUC